AAUAACUACUCCUCCACCAUCUCCGCUUUCUCCGCGUUCCCCGUUCUCGGAGCCGAUGCCCCCUUCUCCGACUUCUCAAACCGAUAGUUACGAAUAAGCACUCUGGACUUGCUGCUGAGAAAUGCUUAAUUGGGGUCCUCUUGGCGUCUGUUAAUAAGUAUUAAUGCAGCUUGGAAGAUCCAUACAUCCUCGUUCAUCCCCAUAGCACUUCUAUCCACUUCGUGUUUUCACCAGCAUCACCUAAGAUAUGGACAACCAGAACAAACUUCGAGUUAUUAUUGUCGGUUCGGGAUUAGCAGGACUGACUGCCGCACGCAUUCUCAGAGAACAUCACGAUGUCACUGUGUACGAACGUGCACACAAAUCAGCUGCGACAGGAGGACAAGGCAUCUCCAUCUCUCCGAAUGCAGUCAAGAUCCUCGAACGCAUUGGAUAUGAUCGUAAUAAAGCGGGCGCGGUGCCAAUCUAUGGCUUCCGAUCUUACGACAAAGACGGAAAUGUCAAGAAGGAUCAUGAGGCCGACUUGAAAACCAGGUAUGGAGCAGAUCAACUUACCCAAAGACGGUCCGACUUUGUGAGCGAGCUCACAAGACUCGCAACUGAGUCCUCAACCGAGUUGAAGAUUCAGGGCAACCCAGCAAAGAUUGUUUAUGAGACUGGUGUUGUCGAUAUAGAUACAGAGAAGGGUAGUGUCGUGUUGAGUAAUGGAACGACUGCUGAGGCUGACGUCGUCAUUGUGGCUGACGGCGUACACUCACGUCUUCGCAAACAUAUUCUUGGCGACGAUACUAUCAAGGCCCAAAAGAUGGGAUUAACGUGUUACCGCGUUGCAGCCUCUACGGAGGCUGUAAAAGAAGCACUGGGCUCUCUUCCUCACUGGUGGGAACCUACCACGGCUCAGAAUCGGGUGUGCGUGCUCGAAUCCGGUGAUGGUACCGACCGCUUCGUUGUCGUGUAUCCACUUCGUCAUCAAGAGUACAUGAACUUCUCAUGUAUCUUCCCUUCCCGAGAGUCGAAGCAAAGCAGGGCCAAUUCCUGGUUUGCGGAGGCUGAUAGCGACGAGAUCAUAGAGAUCUUCCAUGAUUUUGACGAGUCUUUCCGCAAGAUUCUUGGUGUCUCCACGGAAGUGAAAUAUUGGGAACUACAGGAUCUUGAUCCUCUACCUACGUGGACUCGUGGCCGUGCAAUUGUCAUUGGAGAUGCCGCCCACGCGAUGACGCCGCUGCAAGGUCAAGGCGCCAACCAGUCUAUCGAAGAUGCCGAGAGCUUUCUUCUGCUUAGAGGAGUGAAAUCCGAAGAUGUUCCGAAAGCUCUGAAGCAUAUUGAUAGUCUGAGGAGACCCCGAGCAACGAAGGUCCUAGAAGACACCCGCGGUAUGGCCCGCGAAGUCAGUUGGGAAGAGAGGAUGGCCAAGUAUGAUUUUCUCUUUAGUUACGAGGGUAUUCUUGAGGCCCAGAAGCAGAAUCAGAUUCCAACCUAGAUGUUGUGUUGCUUGUUUGACUGCCUAAACGAACGGCCUUGCACACUUGUGUAAGCUUCGAACGAUUAGGGGUGUAGCGAUUAUAGGCACAGACCGACUU